AGAGACUAGGGAGGGGAAAGGUAAAUAUGGCGGUGGGAGUUCUCUUCUCUCCAACUUGGGGUGAGUGAGUGAGUUUGAGUUACUUACUACUCUACUCUACUCUUUCCCGACCAGUCUAGUCCCAUCCUCUCAUCACCACCACCCCAUCCUCUCUCUCUCUCUUUCUUAUAUUUCGUACCCGUUCUGCUUCCUUCCUUCAUUCAUUCAUUCACUUUCUUUGGGUUAUAAUUGUUAUCUCCACACACCAAAAUCUCACUCACCCUACAACCCCUAGCUAUAAGUUCCUCUCCUUAAAACAAAAGGAUAUGGCGCCAUACAAGCAGAAAACCGAUGGACAUCAAUAAGGCUACAGAGUACUGCUACUGAGUGUGGUGCUGUUUGGGAGAGAAAAAAAAGAUUCCAUCUUUAUUGUCUACAGAGAGAGAGGGAAAAAAAGGAAGAGAACCCAAUUAAAUAUCUGAACUGGGUAUGCUGUCACACCAAGAACAGCAGCAGCAGCAGCAGCAGGAAGAAGAAGAAAGAAGGGAUGGAGGAUCAGGUGGCCGCCGCCGGUGAUGUAGGGACGGCGAGUACUAACGAGAGAGUGUGUUAUGUUCACUGCAACUUCUGCAACACAGUUCUAGCGGUGAGUGUGCCAAGCAGCAGCAUGUACACAAUGGUAACAGUGAGAUGCGGGCAUUGCGCCAAUUUGCUGUCAGUCAACAUGGGAAGUUUCAUGGCAGCCCCACCACCACCAUCGCCAACACCAACUCCUUCUCUUUACCCUAAUAAUAAUAAUAACUCCUUCCUCCCCAAUUCUCAACCAAAUGCUGCAGCUGCUACAGAAGCAUCUCUCCCUCACCAGUCGUCAUUGGAGGCGGAGAAGGAGCAGUUAGGGUUUGAGGAAGGACUAGGCAACACCAACGUUAAUAACAACUCAUCAUCGAAAGACUGUGGCGGGUCCACGUCCGGAUCAUCGUCUUCGUCUAAGUACAGCAGCGGCAGCAGCAGCAACAUAAGCAACAACAGCGGCAAGCAGCAGCAGGUGAUGGUGGUGGUGUCUCCGCCGUUACCUCCGCCAUCGCCGUCGUUGGAGUAUAGUUGGGUGGAUAAUCAUCUCCACGAACCUCCUAGGCUCCCUCCCAUCCGCCCUCCAGAGAAGCGACAGCGGGUUCCUUCUGCAUAUAACAGGUUCAUCAAGGAGGAGAUCCAAAGGAUUAAAGCAAGUAAUCCUGAGAUUAGCCACAGAGAAGCUUUCAGCACCGCAGCUAAAAAUUGGGCACAUUUCCCUCACAUCCACUUUGGGCUGAAGCUGGAAGGGAACAAGAACAAGCAUGCAAAACUAGGAGAUCAUCACCACCACCACCACCACCAUUUUCACCAUCAUCAAAAUCAGCAACCAUAUGGAGGAUCAUCUGCAACUGAUGAUAAUAUAAUCAAUGAUCAUAACAUUGGCACACUAGUACUCAACCAUCACAAGAAAACUCCCAAUAACAACAACAGCAGCAAUGACAAUGGUUUUUAUCAUGAGCUCAAUGGCUCCCUGUGAUCUGUACUUCUCUUCUUUCAGAGAGAUUUGUCAUGAACAGAUAAUAAUAUUAAUAGAGUUAAUAGCAUGCAUGCAGCUCCCAGACUCAUCAGCUUUCAAAUUCAAUGUAAUUAGGGCAAUAAUAACUAAGAACGUCUAUUAUGGUUGGAGAUUGAGAAUAAAAAUGAGAGGUUAUAUAGCUACUGCUUACUGCUUAAAGGGGGGAAAGGAAAAUAAUAGAACUGAGAAUGAUGAGGGAGUAGUGCUACUGUGUCUGAUCUAUCAUGUCAAUGAAUUGUUUCUUUUUUUUGGGAUCGGAUCUCUGCCAUGCCAUGUAUCAGUUUUGUUCUGUUGUGCUGUUGCGAUCGUUUCUGUCUAUU